UUAGUAUAUCAUUCUAGAUCUAUUUAUAGAUCUAAUUUAUAAAUUUUAUUAGUAUUAUUAUAGAGUCUAGUCUAGAUCUAAUUACUGAAAUAUAGAUUUUAAAUAGAUCUAGUUCUAGAUCUAUAGGCCCUAUCUAGAUCUAGUAACAAUCUAGUUAUUUCAACUAAAACUAAAUAUAUCUAUAUAGAUCUAGAUCUAUCUAUUAUGGCUGGUAAUUUAUAAAUGUCUAAUAUAGAAAUAUAUAGGCCCCUAGGCUAUAUACUAUAUAUAUAGAGAGAGACUAUUGAUAUAUAUAGAUAGGGCAAUAUAGACCUUAUGACAUACUUAUGAGUCUAUAGAAUAAUAGAAUUAAUAGAUCUAUAAAUAGGAAGACUCUAGACUCUCUAGAUCAAUAUUGACUAUCGAGAACUUCACUAGGAUUCUAGAUAGGCCUACUCACUAGAUCUAUAUGGUAUACCUGUAGGCCUAUUAUUAUUAAAAAUGACGUUGCUGAUGUCCAUAGGAACGUUUCUUGGCAAACGGCAGGGAAGCAAUAGCCUGAAUAGUGGGGGUAUUUUUCACUGCCCUGAAGAUGACAAACCUUUGGAUUAUGCAAAGCUGUAUCCUGAUUCCGAAGUACAUAAUGAAAUCAUGAACAGUAUCAUACGCUGCACAUAUCAAAAGGAUGGCUGUAGAUGGAUUGAUAAACUGCAGAAUUUACCAAACCAUUUACAGGCAUGUAGAUUUGAUGCAAUCAGUUGUCCUAACAAUUGCACAGCACACUUGACUAAAGCAAACAUUGAUGAUCAUCUAGAAUAUCUAUGUCCCAAAAGAACUGUUGUUUGUGACUUCUGUCAGCAAGAAUUUAGUGGACAAAUUAUGGAUGAGACUCAUGCUGGAAACUGUUUUAAAGAAGUCAUUUGGUGUGAAAAUAAAUGUGGUGCCAAGUUAGAAAGACGUUUCCUAAUGAAUCAUAUGAAAAAUGAUUGUCAUAAACGAACAGUUACAUGUCAGUACUGUUCAAAGGACUUUUUACAAGAAACUUUACAGACUCAUCAGUAUCAGUGUCCCAGAUUUCCUGUUACAUGCCCAAAUAGAUGUGAUCCAGCUAAAAUUCCACGGGAAGAUAUUGAAAAUCAUGUACACGAGUCAUGUCCGUCAGCUACCAUAGCAUGUCCAUUUAAAGAUGCAGGAUGUAGAUAUAAAUGUCCUCGUUACAGUCUUGAGUUACACAUGGAAGAAGGUGUACGAAAGCAUUUAGAGUUAACAUGUGACCUACUUAAACAGCAGCAAGCUCAGAUUGCACAGUUGUGUUCUACUCUUCAAGCAAUUGCUCAAACAACAGAUGGUAUCUUUAUUUGGAAAAUAAGCAACUACAAGUCAAAGUUGAAUGAAGCUGUUCACAAAAGCAACAAAGAGCUGAUCAGUCCUCCUUUUUACACCUCUAGAUUUGGUUAUAAAGCAUGUUUAUCUGUCUUUCUGAAUGGCAAUGGAGCUGGAGAAGGCAAAUACAUAUCUGUUUACAUCAAACUAUUACAUGGAGAUUACAACAACAUUUUGGACUGGCCUUUUGUGUUGCCUGUUUCUUUCACACUUUUCGACCAAAAUAUAGAUGCUACAAUGAGAAUGAAUAUUUCAGAAAGUUUUAUUCCUGAUCCAGCAUGGAAACAUUUCCAAAAACCUUGUCAGUCUACAGAAUCACUUGGAUUUGGCUACCCAAAAUUUGUGUCUCAUGAAAUAAUCAGAUCAAGAGACUAUAUUAAAGAUGAUGCUUUAAUUCUGAAAGUUACUAUAGAUAAUGCACAGUUCACUAAUUAAGCCUUUUUGUUUUUAUUACUGGUUGAAAAGUUUUCAAUAACUGAACUUUUCACUAGUUAAGAUGUAUUACACCUGCAAUAAGACUUUUCUAGACUAAAAAAAAGACACAAUUAGUGUUGACUUUGAUCACUUUACUUUGCUCUUUAAUGAUCUUUAAUUUUUAAUAAGUGGCAAAUGUAAAAUUUUGAAUGUGAUAUGUACAUUAUUUAACUGCAGCUUGCACUUUAUGUACCUUGGGAGCAAAAAGUUUAGUUGUAUUUAUAUGUUUAAAUAUUUAUAUAAUUUAUUAAUUAAUGGAAAUAAUACAUUGUCAUAUAAUUCCCUCUGAAUUUAGAUUUCUGAAAUGGUAACAUAAUAGAAAUGUAAAUAAUAUGUAUUGUUUUAUAAUACAUCCAUUUUAACAUUAGAUAGGCUUAUAUGAUUUCUUUUAUCAAGCAGACCUGAUUUCUUUUAUUCAAUAUUUUAAUUUUAAAAAGUCUAAACUAAUUUCUUGCUUUUAUGAGAGAAUAACAUUUAGUUCAUUAGGUCAAAAUAAAAAUAUCCUAUUUGAUUCUUAAAUAUCUUAUUUGAUUCUUAAAUAUCUUGCAUUUCAAAUUUUGUACAAGUAUUUUACAUUCAAUGGGCUUUGUUGCUGAGCAUAAAAAUUAUAUAUGUGUCAGAUGUGAAUAGCCCAAUUUUUCAGUAAAAGAAAUAACAAAAGUCAUUUCUCUAUAGAAGAAGUUACGAAGGCUAUAUAAUAUACAACCACAGACCUAUAUAUACUAAAAUAAAAUAUGUUUUUAUUUUCUAGUUACGAUUUAUUUAGGUAGGUGCUGUUUUACUAUUACAUACCAAGUAUUAGAGUUUAGAAAAACCCAGGUUCGUUUCUUGUGCAAUGCUAUUAGCUAACACUGCAUAUCAUGUCUCUCCAUUAGUAUAUUUAGAUCUAUAAUCUAAUUCUAGUCCAGAUCUAUAUACAUAUAAAUAUAAAAAUCGAAUAGAUCUAGUAAUAGUAUAGAUUCUAUCUUGAGACUAUAUUAUGCAUAUAGUCAGUUUUUAUUAGAAUAAAGUCUAGAUAUUACUAAAGACUAAUAAAGUUUAUUAAUUAUUAGAUAUAGACAUAGGACAUAGAUAAAAUAAGAUAAUUUUUAAUGAUCCAAUCUAUUGGAAAUUCAGUUAGACUACAAUUGUCGUGAAUUGACAAGCUCAGCAAAACUACUCUCACUACUGAACAAAAACAAUAUUGAUUAAAAAUUUGAUCUAAUAAUACGGUAACUGUAAUACAUUUACUAUUCUCUAUACUUAAUCUACUAGACUAGAUAUCUAGGCCUAUCUAUAGUCAGUAUAGAUCUAUUUAUAAUCUAGUCAAUCUAGAUCUAUAUAAUUCAUUAUAAUACUUCUACUUAUUUAAUAAGUUAGUACUUAGACUUAGAUCUAUUAUAGUUUAUUAAUAGAUUUACAUUUCAAUGCCUAGACCUAAUAAUAAAAUUGCUAUUGAUGUCUAAUGACUGAUUAUUUUUAUUUUUUUUAUAGUAAGAGGCCUACUAGAUCUAGGUCUAGACUCUACUUAAAUCUAGUCUAAAAUAAUGACUAAGACUCUAAAUGAUUGAGACUUUCACAUAUAGGUGUUUUUAAUAAUACGGCAUGUCGGCUGAAAGUAAGCUGUAUACAUAUAUAUAUAUAUAAAGUGCUUUUUUUUUUUGUAAAACAAAAAAUAGCUAGGUGAUGUACUUAGUGAUAGAUUGCCUAACUUUCAACUACUAAUAAAUUAACAUUGAAAUACAAGAAAAGUAGCCUAAUAAUUUUUCCCGACAUUGAAAAAAGGUGCCGGUACCCCGUACCGGUGCAUACCGUCACAAAAAUAUAUGUAUAUCUCAAUCGUCUUUCAUUUAAUUUGUUUUUUUUGCGGGGUUAUUGCUACUUAAUACAUUGAUGCUGUAUCGAUUCAUAUAGGGCCUAAGUAUUCAAGCAGGAUCUCGAGCAUUGGAUAAAUUUAUUUUUUAAAUACAAAGUUUUAUGGAAGAGGCAAUAUAUUAGUUGUUUGAAGUUUGUAACUUCUUAAAUUCAGGCUAAAAAUAUCGAAGCCUACAUUUUUACACUCAUUUCUAAACAAUUAGAAGAGAUGGACUGACUCAUAGUGUACCUUGUGUACAUUUGCAAAAACACAAACUCUCUUUGUAACCUUAUCAGUUAGACUUUCAAAACUAUUAAAAAUAAAAAAAAACUUAGUGUCACCGGGUUGUAUUUUGAUACUGUGCUAUUACUGUUGGUUUAUCGAUGUAGGCGUGGUAGUGACAUUGGAUUCAUAUUAUAAUGCGAUCAUACUUCACUUGCACAGAAUAAGGAAAUGACACUUGAUGUAGCAGACACAAAUAAUAAGUUUAAUAUAAGCAAUAACACCACAUAGUGAAUAUGAUACACAAUUCAAUUCAGGAAUGAUCAGUAUUAAUCCUCUAUAGAAAUAUGGCGAAUAUACUAAUAACUUAGUAACUAUUCUUACUCCUUGUAUUAACUGUCUACCACUAAGUAACUCUAACAACUCUUUCUCUCAACUGUCUAUAACUAACUCCUUUAAGUAACUAACUCAACUGACUAUAUCAAGUGACUCUAUCAAGUGCUUGCUACCAACUCCCUAUAUUGACUGACUGCUCUUAAUUCUGGUUCACUUAAAGGUCAAAAGUGUUCAUCUUAGGGCAACAUGAGUUGUGAAUAACAUUCACAAUAUUGAAAUAGGGUUUCUACACUAUGGCAACAACUUUGAGGUGGUGACACUUAGCGAUUAUUUUUACUGUAUAAUUCUAUUAUUAUUCAUUUUUAGAAUUAGGAUAUAAAUAAAAAUUUGCCAUAUGACUUUGUCUUAACAGAAAAAAAAUGAAACUUGCUUCUAUUUAUGCAGUUAUUUAUAGUUACCUAGUAAUAUAAAAUAUAUUGAACUAACACGUACAUUCAUCAUAAUGCAGCCAUGCGAUUUUUCGUUUAUUUUGGACCAAUAUUUUACAAAGGCUGCUUGGAGAAAUCUGGUAUAUCCAUUAGGAGAAAACAUGACCCCUUUACUAAAGAAAAAUUUAAGAAACAGACACAAAAUAGACAGUGACAUUCAUAACAAACUAAGAUUCAAAAUUGCUACCACCAACUUCAGGCGUCUGUAACGAAGUUCCUGCCUUAGCUCUUUAACUAAGAGUUGGUCUGGUUGUUUCAAAGAUACUAUUGAGAUCGAAUCCUACCUCCUCUCGUUGAGUCGCCUAUAAUCCCACUUCUGACAACAAUGUAAUAACUGAAGGGAGGUAACUCAACGAGACAUAGGUGUUUAUUUACAUGGAGACAUGACAAACACGUAGUACCUCUGCCUAGAUCACAGCAUUUUCAUUAUCAGUUCUAGACUUGGGCCGAAAUCGUUCUCUUCUUUAAUGUAAACAUCCUUCCUAGUCUAGUCUCUGGCCGUGCGCACCUUCUGCACUAUCUUGGAUGGCGGUGUGCAUGGCAAGGUUAUAACAAUAUUGUCCCCUGUUUGAUUGUCUCUUGCCAUUGUGAUGUACUUGGUUUUACUGUCAUUAACCUCAAAUCCUGCUGGUCGAGAUGUUUCUAGUUGUGUGAAAGCUCUAGCAAUGUCAGAGGUAUCAUUACCCAAUAAGGCAAUGUCAUCGGCAUAAGGAAGGUAUUGUAGAGGUUGGCUGUAUUUUGUCCAUAUUAGUUGCCCAUGUUUUCUCUGCUGAAGUAGUUAGUAAUUGUUCCCCUUGUGUUUAUGUGUAUAUUUCUUAUAAAUCUCUCCAGUGUCAAAUUGAAAAGCAUGCAAGAAAGUGAGUCACCUUAUCUUACUCUUCGUUUAAUCUCCCACAUUCUUUUUAUUAUGUUUUUACUUUUUGCACUGUUUGAAUAAAAUAGUCCAAUAUUGCCACAGA